UUUGGGCAAGUUAGACUUUUUAUAAUUAAUAAUUAAAUGAAACAUAUGAUUCCUAGAAUGGAUCAAUUUCACUGACAAGAUACAUGAUCUCAGCAUGCUGAUAUUUGACACCCAAAUGGUGAUGUUAAGAAGGAUUUGUACAUCACAGAAACAAUGAACCAACUAAGCAAUUAUCAACAUGGAAAUCAUUGCUUCUCUUUCUCAAACACAAACUUAGUUGCAGACACUUGUUCAUACCAUAAGAAAGAAAGAACCUUAGGCCUCAGUAUCACAACGAAGAAUAUUGACGAUUCCACAAAUGAUGAAAUAAGAAGUGAACAACUUAGAUGUGAAACAAACACGGCAUCCAUAGACAGAACUGAGUCUGACCAGUCAACUAGCCAAACCCAGGAAGUACCAGUAGUCACCCAGAAACUGAAGUUGUACCAAACAAUUCAAGACCACUUAAAAGUUGAAUGCAGCACACAAAUGGAGACCGAGCUCGACAUUAGCUCUAACAGAAGCAGUGGAGGAGAUGGCAGUUACUUGACCAUAGUCAUAGAAAGGGUAAAUGAAAUACUCAGCAACUGAAGCAUUCAAAACUUGGCUUUCAAGUAUAAGAAAAAGCAUCAGAAAAGCCAUGACAACAUGUAUUGAUUAGAAAUUACGAAAAGUUUUAUGUUGCGACAACUUCCGGGUGAGCUCGACAGUCAAGAAGAACUGCAAUUAUAUACAGUAAAGGAUUGCUGUCACGAAAUCGAUCCAAACCCCUACCACCAAUUAAUAAUUAAUCAUUUCAGUCCGCAUUUGUCCAAGAUGGAGCAAAUCAUGAUUGGCAUCAGUCGAGCCAUCAAAGCUUUAGAGUAUUUCGAAAACGACUCCGAGAAUUUCUUCGAUUCUGAGACCAUCGCUUGUCUGGUAAGCUAACUCAGAAGUCCAUAGUGGAGGUUAAAGAUAAUUGAUUUUAAUUAUCUCAACGAAGUAAACAUCUCUAUCUCAAAUAUCCUUACGUUUUAUUUGAGGUAUCUUUGCUCACUAACUCUGUGGAUGUUUCUCAGACAUUGGUGGCAAUUAUUUCCCUAUACAUGGCAAGAUUAGUUUACAAUUCUCUACCUCAAGUGCAUAUAUUUUUUGUUCAAUUGGAAAUGAUCUAGCCAAAUUUCAGGUAAAAUUGAUAAACGUGUUUACAACAUAACAAUAAUAAUUUGAUAAAGGAAUUUGAUUUAUUUGAUCCUCAUUUUACAUGAAAAAUCCCUUCUGGAAUACUUACUUAUUUCCAGUAAA